AUGGAAUUUGAGUUAGAUGCUUUCUCGCCGGAGAUUCUAAAUGGAAUAAAUUGUUCAGGUCUACCACCACACAAGUUGGUUCUAAAGGUUGGCGCUCCUGUUAUGUUGCUGCGAAAUAUAGACCAAACUAAUGGUUUGUGCAAUGGAAUGAGGAUGCAAGUUAGAAGAAUGGAAAAUCAUGUGAUAGAAUGCAAGACUUUAACUGGUAACAAAGCUGGAAGUAUUGUUCUUAUCCCAAGACUGAAUCUAAUUCCAAAUAAUGAAACAUUGCCGGUCAGGUUUCAAAGAAGACAAUUCCCAAUUAUUAUGUCAUUUGCAAUGACAAUAAAUAAGUCUCUGGGACAAACUCUAUCGAAAGUUAGAAUUUACCUUCCAAGGCCAGUUUUCACCCAUGGUCAAUUGUAUGUUGCGUUAUCAAGGGUAACGAGUAAAGAUAGUCUGCGAGUGCUGUUGCAAGAUCAUGGACACUUGGAAGAUAAUUGCACGAUGAAUGUGGUAUAUAGAGAAGUUUUUGAGAGCCUAUAA